AGGGGUGCCUCACGUGACCCCAGCGCUUUCCUGCAGGGGGAGCAGUCUGGGAGGUGGUGCUGCAGGAGACGGAGGUACCUGCUGAACCUUCUGCGCUGCAGCUUUGGGCAAAACACCGACGCGGGGGUCACGAUGUCGGGGCUCUCCCGCCUCCUGAUUUUGGCCGUCGCCUGCCUGGCCGCGCUCUGUGUGCUGGCCGCCGCUAACAAUACCACCCUGGCCCCGAUCACGACUUCAGCUCCCACCAACCAGACACUCUUGACGCCGUUGACGACCCUCACUCCGGUCACUACUCUAGCACCAGAAACCUGUGAUAACCACAACAACUGUGUUUCCUGUGUUAAUGCUAGCAAUAUUAUUGCUAAUACUACCUGCUUUUGGAUGGAAUGUAAAGGUAAAAGCUACUGUUCACAUAAUUCAACAGUUAGUGAUUGCAAGGUGGUAAACAGUACAGAUUUCUGUUUUGCGCCCACUGUUGCUCCGUUGCCAACGAAUUCUACAGCUAAAACCACAACUGUGCCUUCCACCUCUACAGCUACUGUACCAGGUUCAACUAAUACCACUUUAACUCCAACUUUACAGCCUACGCGAAAGUCUACCUUUGAUGCAGCCAGUUUCAUUGGAGGAAUUGUUCUUGUCUUGGGUGUGCAGGCUCUAAUUUUCUUUCUCUAUAAAUUCUGCAAAUCGAAAGAACGAAACUACCACACUCUGUAAACAGACCCAUUAGAUUAACAAGGACUGUUGUGUAACUCAGUGAAACCAAAAUAUUAUCUGUCAGGAUGUCCCACAUGGAAGACGCUAUUCCAGGAUCUUUAAAUGUUCAAAGGACUCAUAUAAGAUAUUUUUGAGCAUCGUGUUUGAAGAAAAAAAUCAGUUAAAUCGUUUUGUUCAACAGGAAUAUUUAAAACAUUCUGCAUGAAUCCUUGUGGCUGUCGUCUUAUGUUUUUAAUGGCUGCUGCUGUGGGAUUAUGUUCUCUUCUUGACACGCCAAAUGUAACUCUGUAAGUGAUGGAAAACAUUGUCCUGCACAGACAACCUCAUGACUCUUUUGGUAGUUAAAUUUAGUCAUUUUAAAGCCUGAAAGCUGCAUUAUUUUCAUCCUAACUCAGGAUGUAGUUUAGUGACCAGAAUUCAGAAGAAUGUGCCAAAUGAGCAAUUAAUCAGGUCGAUUUUUGGCAAUCAUUUUAAAAAUGGGAUAAGUAUAUGUUUAAUACCCAUGAAGUAAACUGUAUUCUUAGAGUAAAAUUUUGUGCUUGAGAACAGUCAUUUUUUCUGCUUUGGAAAUAAAAUGCCACCCAGGGAAUUACAUUCCAGAUUUAAAGAAAUGAAUGGAAAGGAUACAAACCAUUAAAAGUGUAGCAAGUUAUUGUUAGUACUUGUAAAGCACCUUAUAUCACUGAAAAAAUAAAGAACAGUGCCUUAAAAGACAGAUUAAAAGGUA